AUGUUAUCAAAAAUAAUUUUGGCUGUAUUACUAGGAAUAACUUUUUGUGGUUGGACAAGAACACCAUAAAUAAAAAUAGACAAGUUUAACAAAACUGAAUAAGCUAUAUCAAUUAGUACUGAAGAUUUCAAACAUUUAAAGUAUCCCAAUGCUUUUGAUUUGGAAUUAUAUUAUUAGGAAGGAUUAACAGAUGAUAAAGAUAUUACAAAAUACUAAAAAAUCAAUGAUAUUUAAUUAUAUUAAUAAGGAUGUUCUUAUUUUGAAAGAAAAAUAAAAGUAGAAGAUCAAUUGUAAAUAUAAUUACCUGAUGAUGGCAAAUAUAGUUUUACUGAUAUGAUAGUUGUUGAAAGAUAAGCAUUUGUUAUUAGAAAUGAUCAUAAAAUAUUUAGUAUUUAAUUAGAUUUUAAUGGAAAUGAAUUAAAGGUAAAGCAUUAUAAUGAUAUUUUAAGAAAAUGAGUGUUUCAUCUUAACAUUUAGAUUUUUCAAAUUAAAUUGGUAUCAAUCUGAAAAAGAAACCUCAAUUUUUAUUAUCAAAUGAUUAAAUAUUUGUUGUUACAGAAAAAGGAACAAUAAGUUUUUAUUUUAAGGAAUGGUAAAAUGGAACAUUGCCAUAAGUACAUUUUCAUAAUUUGGAAGAAGUGAGUAAUAUUUAUUAUGUUCAUUAUGAUGAGAUAUAUAAAAGAAUGUUUAUAGUUGCUGGAACAUAAGGAGUAUUGGUUUAUGAAAUAAAAGAAAAGUUAUUAAAUCAUAUUUAUACAAUAAAAAUAAAUUUAAACAUAAUUAAAGUAUAAACAAAAGAUGACCAAUUAUUUUUAUUAGAUGAUAAAAAAGGAAUACAUUUUUACACAUUAAGUGAAAGUGGUUACAAAGAUAGUGGUAAUUAAUAAUAAUAUUUAUUUAGAAUUCAUGAUUCCUUUAGAAAAUCCAAUAUCAUUUGUAUAUAAUAAGAACUCAUUUUUAGUAGUAGCUUAAACUGCAUAAACUUAAGAUAAGAUUAUUUUUGGAAUAGAAAUCUUAUUUCAUUUUAAAAAUCAAGAAUUUUAUUAUAAUAAAUUUUAUUUAGAAGAUAUGCAAUUAAAAGAUGUUUAAAGUUGUGGUAACUUUUAAUUUUUAAUUGGUUAUGAUGUACAUAAAAUAAUAUAAACUAAUGUUUAUAGAGGAUUUGUUGAUGAAGAUUUUGAUUAUGAUACUGAUUUCAUGAUACCUUUAUUAUAGAAAAUUGAAGAAAUAGAAGGUACAGAUUAUGAAAAAGCUAAUUAUUAAUAUCAUUAUUCAUUAGCAUUGACUCCUCGUCAUUUAUAUGGAUUAAUUAUUAAAGAUAGAAAUCCAGAGAUAGUUUGUUCAUCUUAAAAAUAAAUUGAGUAAUCAUAUGCUAUAUUAAUAAAUUCAACUUAAUGUGAAAAGGCUGAAACAGAUCCUUUUAUAGUUUGUCAUGAAGAACAUUUUAUUAAUUUAGUAGUGAAUGAAGUAUUAUUAGAUUCAUAAUCAUAAUGGUAUGCAGAGAUAUUCCUGAUUGUUGUGUUUGUAAUUUUUAUAUUGUUAUUGAUUUGUGGAUAUAAAAUGUGCACUAAAUGGAGAACUAUAAUGUAAUAAGUGUAAUAAAAAUUGAAAAAUUAAGAGAAUAAAAAAAAAUAAUAUUAAGACCUAUAAAUGGCAUGA